UGCGUUCGUAUGUAAAUAUACACACGCAGUGUUACAUGUAGCUAUGUUUGACGACAAAGCACAUGUGCUCUUGGCCCUUUCGGCGGCCUCUCUCGCGCGCUGGCUGGCCUCUGUCUGGUCCAGUCGUGUAAGGCGUAGCCGUUUCGUUAGGGUUGGGGAAGUGUCGGAAUUGAAUUUAUUUCCAGUGAAGUCUUGCCAAGGGAUCCCCCUACAAAAGGCUAGGGCAGAGGUCACGGGACUGGAAUCGGACGGACUACACGACAGACAGUGGAUGUUAGUGAGAGCUAAUGGGGACUUCCUCAGCCAACGUCAUUAUUCAAGAAUGGCCCUUGUCCGAGUGUCCAGUCACCGGGGAAACAUACACCUGGACGCCCCAGAGCAGCCCACCCUAGUUCUACCCAAAAAUCCCCCGGUGGACAAGUCCAGAUUUAUGAUGACAAGGGUGUGGGGACUCCGUGUUCUAGGGAUGGACUGCGGUGACGAGGCCGCGCGCUGGUUCCAAAAAUACCUGGAGGCAGAAGGUGUACGACUGGUCGUGUCCUCCGGAUCUAUGCCAAAGAAAGACUCCUCAGAGGAAAGAAAACCGUGGGAAAAUCCCGCCCAGCCUGGCGACAUGGCACUGUUUUCUGAUUUUGGUGGAUACUUGGUGAUGAACGCAGCUUCUUUGAAUGCUCUAAAUGAACGUCUGGAGAGAAAAGUCACAUUCAGAACUUUCCGACCCAACAUAGUCAUCUCGGGAUGCGAAUCAUUUGCCGAGGACUGUUGGGAUGAACUAAGAAUCGGAGAUACCGAUCCAAUGUUCUUCAGAAUCCUGGAUCCCUGCACCAGGUGUAUUCUAACGACUGUUAACCCGGAUACAGGGGAGAGAAACAAGGACAGACAGCCUCUAGAGACUCUCAAACAAUUUCGUUGUUUUCCGCCGUACGGAAGCGACCCAAUCUUUGGAGUGAACGCUGCUCUUGACAACACAGGAACCAUACAGGUCGGGGACCCCGUGUACGCUCUCCGAAAGUGAGGCUGGGGCGUUCCUAGAGCUUCGCCACAGGUGGCGGAAUCUUAGGAUUUUAUAACCAAGAAAUCUGUACAGUAUCAGGAGGUCUGAAGAAAUGUAGUCAUAAUCCUAUGCCAGGUGUUUUUUAUACACGCACGCAAUUUAUUCGAAUACGCGAUAUAUUCAAAUACAUGUACAUUGAUAUGAAUUACCAUAUUCUGUCUCAGUAUUGUAUUGUGUGUUUACCUGUAUAAAAUCAUCAGCGUAGGUAGUGACAGUUGAUCAAGAACUUUUAAUGUAGUUCUGAUAACGACCAAGGUGCUUCUUUUAGAUAAUCGAAAGAAAAAAUUUGUACAUAUAGCAUAAAAAAUAAAAUCACAACUUGAAAAA